AUCUUUUCCUUAUCCUCUCUUCACCCACACCUUCACGCGCAAACAAGAAACCGAGUCUUCACUCGUCGGAAAAUUCCAACUACUCGCCGGAGAUUACGAAUUCUCCGGCCACGCAACCGAUCUUCAUUUCUUGAUGUCAUAGUUACGUGUCUUGUUUGAGAACUCUAAUUGUGUUUAGUAUAAACCCUAAGCAGAAGCAACUUUACUUAGCAUAGUUUUCAAGUUAUUCCAUUACUCUAUUUUCUCUGUAUAAAUUAAAUUAAUCUGAAAAAUUAUUAAGACGAUCGCUCUAGUAAUUUUUCCGAAUUAUCUUCUGCAAAAUCUAGAGAAGUUGUUCAAAUUCUGAAGAUUUUUGAAUUUCGUCAUGCCUUUCACGAUGAAGAUUCAGCCGAUCGAUUCACAGAUUCCGGCAGAGAGGAUUAAGCCGGUCGUCAAGUCACGGCUGAAACGUCUUUUUGAGCGACAAUUCUCCGGCGUUCUGAAGAAUCCACCUCCAGAGAAGAUCGCCGGAGAUGAGCCGCAUCUACGCAAGGACGGUUCAAACAACGGCUUCAUCGAUUUCGAACCAAACUCAGUGUGUCUUGCGAAGAUGGUGCAGAGUUUCAUUGAAGAGAAUCAUGAGAAGCAUUCAGUUUCCUGUGCUCGUAACUGCUUCAACGGAAACUUCGACGAUGGUUCCGACAGUGAACUUCACGCGCUUGGUGGUGGUUCAUUUGGUGAAGCGUAUGAAAUUCUUAAGGGUUUGGUGGCGUGUCCAAAUGUUAAUGAAAGAAACUUGUUAGCAGACACAACAAAGAUAAUUGAGAAGAACAAAACUUUGUGCAAACGCAAAGAUGAUAAUUGUAGAAAAUUUGUUAUUGAUGGAUUGUUGAGUCUUGGAUAUGAUGCUUCAAUUUGCAAAUCUCGCUGGGAAAAAUCCACUUUCUGUAUAGCCGGUGAAUAUGAAUACAUUGAUGUGGUAAUUGGAAAGGAGAGGGUGAUAAUUGACGUUGAUUUCAGAUCAGAAUUUGAGAUAGCUCGAUCAACCAAAGCUUACAAAGUGAUUCUCCAAACGCUUCCUUAUGUAUUUGUUGGGAAGAGUGAUCGGUUACAUAGUAUUGUAGCCAUAGCAUCUGAGGCAGCGAAACAGAGUUUGAAGAAAAAGGGUUUACAUGUUCCACCUUGGAGAAAACUAGAAUACGUUAGAUCAAAAUGGUUCUCUCCUUACACAAGAAUCACACCACCCAUGUUUUGUCUUUGGUCUCGUGAAAUCAGUGAGGAAACAGAGAGAAAACAGAGGAUUUUGAUCGGCGAUGAGUCUGGACAGAGUGGUGGUGAGUCAGAGUCAAAAGUGGUGGUUGAAUGGAAGCCACCAGAAUUGAAACCCAAAAACUCAGUUCAGACUGGGGUUAAGGUUGUGACUGGUUUGGCAGCUGUUUUUCGUGAAAACCCAUGAAGUUUUGUUUUUUAACCCAAAAAAAUGAGAUUUUUGUUUUUUUUUUUUAUAUGAAAUUUUAAUUCUCUAUAGAUUGAGAAUUCAGAGCUUUGUGUAAGUACCACUGUAAUAGGCUAACAACUCUAUCCCCUUCUGGUUUUUAUUGUAAGGGAUGGGUUUUCUUUUACUGAUAUAAUAUAUAUAAAAUAAUUAAUAAUAUAAAUAAAAUAAA